GUCAUGAAGCCGAAGCUGAAAGACUUGAACGAAAAUAUAACAUGCAGCCUGUGUUUUGGUUAUCUCAUCGAUGCUACUACUGUCAUUGAAUGUUUGUGCACAUUUUGCAAAACGUGUAUUGUCAAGCAUCUCGAUGAACACAACACGUGCCCCAAAUGCAAUGAAGUAAUACAUCAGUCGCAUCCCAAAGAGCACAUUAGAUACGACAGAACCCUCCAAUCUAUUGUAUACAAGGUAGUACCAGGACUCCAGAAGCAGGUAGAUGAUCAGAGAGCAGAGUAUGAGUCCACCCACCCAGAGGUUCCCAACACUCCCCCCUCUGAUAAGGGGUCGGAUGGUGAGGAAUGUAAUGGUGAUACUAAUGGUAAAUCUCCUCCCCGCCGCGCCAGGUCGCCGCUACCACCACUACACAACACAUGUGACUACAUUGUACCAGUACAAGUAGAUCCUCACAAGACCACUGUGAAUGGUAACAGCAGCAGUGACUCUGAGAUGGAGGACAAGAACGGAACACUACAGGAGCUCUCUAAACCAAUCCUUGGUUGUCCGGCUAGGUGCCCCAUCAGAGUUAUCAAGAAGUUCGUCCAGACUAAACUCAAUGUUCAGCAGGAAGAUUUGGACAUAUUGUGUAAUGAUGAGAUACUGGGUAAAGACCAUACUCUUGAGUUUAUCAAGAUGACGAGAUGGAGAACUAAGGAUUUACCCCUGGUGUUGACUUACAGAGUGCGACCAGACAUUUGAGUUAAUGAUAAUAGUUAACGAUCUACCAUCGUGUUUCCAAUUGCUUCUUUGACGACGAGAGAUAAGACACAGUGGUGCAUUCUUCAACAGGACAAAAGUGUUUUAGAUGCAUUUCUGAUCUGAGUUUUCAUUAUGUUUCGAGUUUAAUUUAUACAUUUAUUUACCGCGGUCAAAGCAUGUAUCUAAUUUGAAGCGAAAGUAUUUGUCACGGACAGAUACAGGAUUAUCACGAAUGUUAAUAUUACGUCAUAUCUUUUCUUAGAGAAAUUUCACGAGCAUUUAUGAGUUAAAAAUUUGCUUUUGUCUGCAUACUUGUACAUCCAACCUGACACCAACGUUCACAUCAAGUGCUUAUUACUUUUCGUAAUUAAAUCUUUUAUGAGAUUAAGUUUUGACAACAGUUUUGUUCACGACUCAUGAGUCAUGAUCACUUAUAAGCUAAUGUCACAUUAUUAUACUGAUAAUGUUUAAUAGGUAGAUUGUCUCGAUGAUAUAUACCGAAAAAACUGUUUAGCGUAAAUAUCAUAUGAAGCCAUCUGUUGCAUAUUAUGACAGCAUACCGCAUAAUUUACGUAAUUUGUUGAUUUAUCGACUGCGGAUUUGGAACACGCGGAGAUAUUUUCUGUUAUUUGUACGUACUUUGAGACGCGCAUUUUAACGCGCGCAACCGCUUUCCCACUGGUUAUAUGCCAAAUUUCGAAUAUCCGCCUAUUUUAAUACGACUUCAUGCCCUGGUGUAUGGGAAUGAACAAUGAAACCAGAUCAUUGUUUAACCUCUCAUAAAAUGAUCUCUAAUUUUACAAAGAUAAUAAUUUAUUGUCUUACUUUGGGUGUCAAAGCGAGACUGUCGUGAGUCGACAUCAAUGAUUUGCCCAACAUUUUCCGAUUACCAUGACGUGUUCACGGUGUAGCAAACCUUUCAUAUAAGGGGUGAUAUUGUAAUCUCAUAGAAGUGGCCCACUGUUCAUUAUAUCCUUCUCCUCGCCCGGAACGCUGCACCUCGGUGUCCUUUGCCCCUUUGUUAUCCGCUAGCCAGGCGAUGUAAAUGUAUCUCUGGAGGGUGAGCUGCUUACUACUCAGCCUCGCUUGAUCGCCCAUUGCUACGAUAAUAACAGACUGGGUAGCCUUGUAUCGAAUAUCCCCAUGUAAAACUGUAGAAUACUGAUCACUGUUCUCGUCAGAGAAGAUAAUGAACGAAGAGUCACCUUAUUUAAGUAUUUAGAGAAUACUGGUCACAACAGCGGUUACAUUCUACAUUGUGAUAGAUCUCGUAUUCCUGGCACGCAAUUCGACUUUGAAAUUUGUGAAUGUUUAAUUUUGCCCUACAAACUAUUCAUUAGCUCGUGUAUUAAAUUGGAAUAGCAACCGCUUUCCACAGUCUCUGGAGUCUGGAACGUUCUUUAGUGGUCAGUUUGUCUGUGUCUUUACGUAUAAAUUACUUCAGCUGAUCUUUGGAACUAAGACCUGAGCAGUUGUGGUCAAUUUAAUGCAGCUAUUGUUGAGGAAUGUGGUGCAUUUUCAUGUUCCGUGUUGGUACAAACAAAACUGGGUUGUUUUUUUUUCUGUCAUGAAACGUAAAAAUAAGGUUUGAACAUGAAUUGUGUCAUCUGUAAUAUAACAAUAAUAACAAUUUAAUACAUAUAUGUAUCAUGAAUAUUGGCGCUACAAUAUGCACUGCACCGCAAUUAACCACAUGAGUGCGAAGAAAGAGAAUCAUUGGCAUUCUACAUUACCGACAUUUUACAUAUCAAUUAUACUAGCUUCAACAAAUAUAAUUAUCUUUGAAUUUAUUAAAAAUCUUCUGGCACUAGUGCAUUUCUUAAAAUUCGACAUUAAUCUGUGUUUUUU